AGUAGCCUUUGAUUUUGUCUUCCCUCUUCGAUGCUUUCACACUCCGAACAAAGAAAUCUUCGAUCUCUCAGUCAACUGAGCGUCAGUGCUCUCUGUGAAACUCACAAUCUAUUUUCAAUCGAUAAGACUAGCAACGCGCAAAGUAAGAUGGAAUUCCGCUACUCCCGAUACAAUACAGUGUCUCGAUUCUCGCGAGACUCUGUGGCGAUUGUGCAGGUGGUGUACAGCAUCAAGCGUCCAGCCACCAUCGAAGAUAUCUUUGACGCGGUCGACCUACAGUAUCAGCCCCAGCUCGAAGAUUUGAACUUUUGGAAAAAUGUCGAGGAGAAGCUCGACAUGGCCAUAGACCGUGGAUUCAUUCGGGAGGAUCACGGGUACUAUGCCGUGGUGCAUUCUCACCGCCAACAAGCCAAUGAUCAGUGACGUCUAGAGUGAGGGGUAUCCAGCUGUUCGAACCCUUGCCAGCGUUCAUUGUUGUGUUAUUUCUGUGUGACCUGCAUUUUGGUCAACGUUUUCGUGUUGCUUAUUUCAUUGUUUUGUUUUUAUGUGCGUUGCUCCAGCGCCAGGGGAAAUUUCAACAAUUUUAACGACGCCAAAAACAUUUGGCUAGCAAAAUUGUAUACAAA